GGCCCGACGCCUGCCUGGUUAGUUGGCCUCUUGGUUGCCGAGCAGAAGGACGUGUCUGUGCGUUGUGGUCUCAAAUCACGUGGAUUCGCCGCAAGCACGGAUUAUCAUUUGCCUUCCCUGAGCUGAUUUUGGAUUUUGCCCAGUUUGUUCUAAACAGUUUUGUGUCCCGCUUGUGACCGGAAUUUUUUUGGAUUUUUCGUGAACAUUUUACUGCCCGAAUCCGAGCAGUGCCGGUGCAUGAGCUGACGACUCCAAUUGAAAGCUGUCACGUAAGAUGGUGGUUGUCGACUGAGCAGAAUUCACCCCUUGAUUCGCCAAUGAGACAGGAAAACAUGGACGACGGUGGCCCAUGGGACCUUGCGUCCAUGCGCGAGGAGGAGUUCGAGCACCGCGCAGUGUAUUUGGUGCCUGACGCACCACCAGAGCCGGGAUGCCUCAACCGCGCUGAGCAGUCCCUGCCCAGAAACCUUGUGCUCAAACCCUCAGAAGCACUCUCAGACGUGCUGGGUGUUUGGAGCACCAGUUACAUUCCUCGUGGCACGCGUUUUGGGCCACUGGUGGGUGAAAUUUACGCCAAAGAUGCAGUCCCAGAGUCGGCCAACAGAAAGUACUUCUGGAGGGUCUACAAGGACAACGAAUUGUUCUACUAUGUUGAUGGCUGUGACGUUGCGAAAUCCAACUGGAUGAGGUACGUCAACCCAGCCUACUCGUCCGAGUCGCAGAAUCUCAUAGCCUGUCAGUACAAGACUAACAUUUACUUUUACACGACGAAGCCCAUUUUGCCAGACCAAGAGCUGCUGGUGUGGUAUUGUCGCGAGUUCGCCGAGAGACUGAAAUACCCACUGACUGGAGAGCAGAUGCUGCAGCGCAUUCGAUUGACAGUUCAGCAGAACCAGGCGGCAGAGGAGGAGGAAUCUGCCAAGAUUGCAGAAAUCAAGGACGAGGAAGACACGCCGAUGGUGGACACUGAGAGCGACCACAAGCAGUCUACGUCCCCGCCUCUGAUGGCUUCACCCUCGAGCAAAGAGCACUACGAGCAAAGGUCGAGCCAACUCACCCCCACUGAUGGGUCUGUCCGCUCGGACGAGGGCUACCACAGCCAUGGCUACCACGACGAUGCGGCUUUCACCCCUCCAGAGGACAGCAGUGACUCUGACUCUGAAAAUAACUACGUGCUGGACUUCAGCAAAAAGCCCAGCGAAAAGUCAAGUAAGGGCAGCGUGGUGAGCUCUGAGGUUGACAACAACAACUACAUUUGCGACGAGCCGGCCGACUCAGUCAAGAACGAGUUCCGCAAAGUCAAAAUCAAGAUCUCCAAGGCCUAUCACUACAAGACCAAGUCUGACGUGGCCGCCAAGGCCGCAGCUGCCGUCAUUGCCCUGGUCGAGGCUGAAAAAGUUGCCAGUCCUGAGCCAGUGACCCGAGCUAAAAGUCCCAUCCUGGUCGCCACGAGCACCACCACCGAAGCCAUCAAGGCUCCCAGCAGCCCGGUGGCCUUCAAGCCCUACAAGUCUUACUACGAGGACAACCCCUCCGGAAAGAGUCCGCCCGGCUCCAGCAUCCUGGAGAACAUCCUGAUGAGGCGGCUGGACAUCAACGGGGGCGGCAAUGUGAGGCGGUCUCUGGACUCGGCCGUCUCCACCAGCGAGGUUUCGCCCUCCAGCCCCACGGAGAUGGCCUAUUCAUACAAAAAGUCGCAUCGCUACCACGCGAUGCCCCUCAGCCCCGAUUCCAGCUCGCACCAGCAGCCCCCAGUGGUGGUGCACGUUUCGCCGCCUCCACCUCCCCACCAGGGCAGCCCGACGCAGUCGUCUCCGACGCAGUCGUCUCCGACGCAGUCGUCUCCGACACAGUCUUCUCCGCCGCCGCCUCCACCGCCUCCUCCGCACCACCCCCACGACCUGUACGGGUCCCCCUUCUUUGGAAUGUACCACCACGCGCCUCCAGGCUUCCACCACCCCCACGCCCAGGGGCCGCUGAUCCACUCGUCGACCUCCAACUCGCCCCCGUACAUGAUGCAGCACUCGCCGCACAUGAAGUCGUACUCGCCGCCCCCGGGCAGCGGCCUCCUCUCCCCCCUGCACAUCCACAGCUCGCCGCCCGGCAUGCAGAGGUCACCGUCGCACUCGUCGCUGUCGCCCUGCGGAAGCCCCAUGAGCCCCAACACGGCCGCCGCCAGGGGCUACAGGUCGCUGCCGUACCCACUCAAGAAGAAGGACGGCAAGAUGCACUACGAGUGCAACGUUUGCUACAAGACUUUCGGCCAGUUGUCCAACCUCAAGGUGCACCUGAGGACGCACUCGGGCGAGAGACCCUUCAAGUGCAAUGUCUGCACCAAGAGCUUCACCCAACUGGCCCACCUGCAGAAGCAUCACCUGGUGCACACAGGAGAAAAACCUCACCAGUGUGACAUCUGCAAAAAGAGGUUUAGCAGCACCUCCAACCUCAAGACUCACCUCAGGCUACACUCAGGUCAGAAGCCCUACGCGUGUGACCUUUGUCCUGCCAAGUUCACCCAGUUCGUCCACCUGAAGCUGCACAAGCGGCUACACACAAACGAGCGUCCCUACACAUGUCAAGGCUGCAACAAGAAGUACAUCAGUGCCAGUGGACUCAGAACACACUGGAAGACAACUUCCUGCAGGCCAAACAACAUCGAAGAAGAGCUUGCUUUGGCCGGUGCGUCCCCUCCUGGUCUCUUUUACGAAUAUGCCUCAUCUGAAGUAAGCAUAGGCAGCGUAGAAAAAGAGGCCCACGACAUGGACUCGAGAGACUCUUUCGAGGGCCGUGGUGAGAGCGUCCUCGAGGUGCACCACCACCUGCAGCACCCUCACCUUCUCCAACACCCACACCAGCACCACCACCAGCCUCCGCAGAGGCCAAGUGUGAUCGAGUCGUCGCAGCACCACAUCAUCGAAUGCACCUAAACGUGAUAGAAUUAAAUUAGUCAGCCUCCGCGCUCCCACUGACUGCCUCCGGGACCCACUUUGUAAUAAGAAGUCCCGCCGGCGAACCUUCUGGACGUAAACCCACCGCCCCUCAAAGUCUCACCACUCUCUGCUUUUCGUUGUUUCGGUUUUCUGUGCGCGCGCGCUUUACGUGUAAGCAUAAAUAAUUAUCGAAUAUUAGAUACACACAGUAUAAUCCACACUCAUACAUACUGCAAGACAAAAAGGCAAAAAUAUUAGAGCGAUCCGGUAAUUGUAUUCAAGUAAAAUCGGGAAGAAUUCUCUCUCUCUCUCACUCUCUGCGUACUAUUUUGAAUUGUGUACAAAUUUCAUGUUCAAUUGGAUGACUGUUACAAAAAUGUUGCAUGCAAAAUUACUCGAGAAAAUCCGUCUCAGGCAAUUAAUAAUCCUCAUUUUGGUGGUAAAAAACACAAUGUUGAAGCGUAAUAUCUCUAUUUAAUUAUACUACAUACUCACUCACUCAGACAAACACACACUCUCACUCACACACGCAUAUAUUGUUAUCUUGAAUGUGAUAUCUGCUCCUAGGCAAAACUGCGCUACUGAUGUAAUAUUUUCUCUGUUAGUCUCAACGAUAGUCCGCUAACCGAUUCUUUUACGUGUGAGUGACUGAUCUGCUUGGGACGGGGCCGAGGUUUGGCUGGUGCAAUUUGCAAUUGAUGUGAUAUAUAUAAACACAGACAGACUUCAAACUCGCAGUCUGUUCUGCUUCCUUUUAAAAUCAUCUAAAAUAAUCAUCAGUCGCAACCGACGCCGACUCUCGAGCAGAGAAAACAUGCAAUACAAAAGAAACACUACUAAACUGUCUUUACCGUAGAAUAUCCGAACAUAAAAGAACUAAAGAAACUCCGAGACAGACAAGAAGUACCGUAGCUCAAGUCGCUAAUGUUCAAAUGCUGCAAUUAUUAACUAAUAUAUACACGACAUAUAACCUUAGAUGAAAUUUGUAGUGAGUGAUUUGAUGCAAAAAAUAAGCCGAGUCAACUAUUAACUAACACACAAUGGAUGUGCUCAGCCUGUUAUAUAGGCAGCCCGCUAUUUAUCUAUUUUUAUGCCAGGCAUUGGUUACUUUUUUUCGGUCGGUGUGUUUUCACAGUUGGUGUGGAGCAAAUGUGUGUAACUUGCCUGGACACGGUUCCUCAUGACCUGUCCAACUGCAAAACUGAACAGCAUCCCUCUAAUGUCCUGUUCAAUUAAUAGAGAUGCCAUGAUCUCAAAAUUCUGAAACAGACGGUUUUGCAACGAGAAAUAUAAUUCGCAACACUCGAGGAUGAGUUUCUAAAAUGUUAGACUUGCUGCUUUUAUAUAAACAUAUUAUAUUAUACUGUAAUAAUUGUAUUGUACUCGCAAAAAUUAAAUACACUCACUCACCGUAGCAAACAGACACUUUAUACACGCAAAGUUCGUGUAACACACACUCUUGAUAUAAAAGUUUAUUAUACAAUUUUUUAUAAGCUAGGCGUCCUCUGCUAGAAUUUGUAUCUUGAUGAUGAACAUGAGAGGUGUUUGUCGACGAACUGCUGCUUGAGAGAGAAAAAAAAACACCGUUUUUGGAUUAGCCACACUCGAAAAUUCUCAUAGUCCCAGUUUAGACGAGCAAAUCGACCAGACAUAGCUAUCGAAACGAAGAGAGAUUUAAAAAUAAAUGAGAGAAAAUUAAAAUGAGAAACUCUUUCGGACAUAUUUGUGCCUUGGAUAUUUAUAUAGAAAAUUAUUGCGUUUUGCAUCAACUGAACUAAGAGAAGUUGAAAAAGUGAAAAAAUACAUUUAAAAUUAAAACACAGAGACACACACAUACAUUUUUGAGCAGAGAAAAGAAGAAUUAAUUUGCGAAAUCUUAAACUGAGAAAAGUAGUAGACUAACGAAGAACAGAGGCAGUUUUAUCGUUCUCUAUACUGUACAUUUAGUGCUCUAGUUUUUAGUCGUGUAAA